AAAAGGGUAGAGGCAUUUUCAUUGGCGUAUAUAGAAUGGGAAGAGAAGGACAGAGAGGAAGAAUGGAACAUUUGGCUUCUAUUGAUUGAUUUAUCAAUCAACUCUUCUUCUAAGAUCUCGUACCCCUCUCUCUCUUCUUCUUCUCUCUGUUCGAGUCUGUGAUGUUGUGAGGUCUUCGUAUCAUCAAACUUAGAUCAGCUGCGAUCCCACCAAAAAGCAAAGAAGCAAAAGGAGGUAUAUAGACUUUUUCUUGCCCUUGUUAAGUCAUUUGGUGAGAGGAGAGAUUGGCUCUUUGGAGAUAUAUAUACAUGGCAGAGGUGAAGAAGGAUCACUUAGAGAUUAAGUUCCGUCUAAACGAUGGUUCAGAUAUCGGUCCUAAAUCGUUUCCAGAUGCUACAACCGUUGCUGCAUUGAAAGAAACUGUGGUUGCUCAAUGGCCUCGAGAGAAGGAGAAUGGGCCAAAGACAGUGAAAGAUGUGAAACUGAUAAGCGCGGGUAGAAUAUUGGAGAACAACAAGACGGUUGGAGACUGCAGGAGUCCUGUCUCCAAUCUCUCAGAUGCUGUCACCACUAUGCAUGUCCUCAUUCAACCUCAGCUUACUGAAAAAGCAGAAAAGAAGAAGAAGAAGAAGAAGCCUAAAGGUGAUCUGAACCAGAACAAAUGUGUCUGCUUAUGUUUUGGACGCCGGUUAUGAAAGAAGACCGAGUAGAGUUCAAAGCUUUGGCAGAUUCACAUUCUCUUCUUCAGUCUCUUUGUGUGCGUGUGUGUGGCGGCAACAUUGGCUUUUUGGUCGCUUGAGAUUUGGUUUCUAAUGUAAUUCUGAUUCUUAACACAGUGGAAUCAUAGAUAACAUUUCAAAUUUGCAGACUAGAGUGAAUCUUUAAGAAAUUUUACAGUGGUUUUAUGAAAA